AUGUGUUUCCAGACGGCUCACUUCUACAUCGACGACAGCGCUUCACCCAGAGUCAUUUCUCCGACACACGGCCUCGCUGAAGACAAACAGUCGGCGUUCUCGGUGACAGACUUUGUGAAACAUGUGGCCGAUCUCCACGACACUCAAGGUUUCCAACGGGAGUUUGAGAUCCUGAAGGAGAGUUAUGAGGAGGCGCAGGUGUGCACGGUGGACAUGGGACUGACCGCUGACAUCUCCAAUCACCCCGAAAACAAGGCCAAGAACAGAUACAGCAACAUCCUGGCAUAUGACCACAGCCGAGUUCACCUUUGUCCUCUCACAGACAAAGAGGGAAGGACCAGCGAUUACAUAAACGCAAACUUUGUCAAUGGUUUUAAGAAGCCAAAGAUGUACAUUGCAGCACAGGGGCCGCUCAGAUCCAGCACGGAGGACUUCUGGAGGAUGAUCUGGGAACAAAACGUAGGAGUCGUCGUCAUGAUCACGAACCUGGUGGAGAACGGAAGAAGAAAGUGUGACCAGUACUGGCCAGAUGAAGGUCAGGAGGAGUACGGCAGCUUCCUGGUGACGGUGAAGAGCUCCAAACAGCUGGCCUUUUACACCAUCAGAACCUUCAGCAUCAGGAACACCAGCGCCAAGAAGGGCUCUCAGAAAGGCCGCAGCAGUGAGCGGACAGUCACCCACUUCCACUACACUCAGUGGCCCGACAUGGGGGUCCCAGAGCUGGCCCUGCCCCUGCUCAGCUUCAUCCGCAAGUCCUCCACAGCCCGGACGGAGGACAUGGGCCCGCUGGUGGUGCACUGCAGCGCCGGAGUGGGCCGGACGGGAACCUACAUCGUCCUGGACAGUAUGCUGAGGCAGGUCACAGUCGAGGGAACGGUCAAUAUAACGGGCUUCCUCAAACACAUCAGGACUCAGAGGAACUACCUGGUCCAAACUGAGGAACAAUACGUCUUCAUCCACGACGCGCUGGUGGAAGCCGUUCUGUGCGGAGACACGCGGGUACCGGCCGCGCACCUGCACCGCUACGUGGAUGAGCUGCUGACCCCGCGGCCUGCUGGGAAAACGCGCCUCCACAAGCAGUUCAAGCUGCUCUGUCAUUCUUCACCAAAGCAGUGUGACUUUACCACAGCCUCCCAGGAGAGCAACGCACGCAAGAACAGGAGCGCCGCCAUCUUACCCAAAGCAGCUUCAAGACUGAAGUCUGGUGGACUCCCCAUAGACCGGUCACUCUUCAGGGACACAGCACUGGACACUGAGGAUCUGUGUGGAGAGAAAGACCAUGUUACUCUGGGUCCAUGGUUCAACCAUCAACAGAACAGCUUAACGCGUCUGUACACCAUGCAAGCUUCUACGACCGUCCGCGCGCCCGCGUCUCCCGACGACUCGGCGCCUGACUCCCCUUCCAUCCUCCUCCACAACAUCUCGCCUGUGGCCCCCAGCUCUCGUAAGAGCGUGCGUCUGGCUUCCAGGGACCCAGGGUCGGUGCGCGCCUACCUCGCAGCGCGGGGCUGCAGCCAAUCACAGAGCAGCACACUGAAGCGCACGCUUACAAACCACUGCUUAGUCAAGAGUCCCUAA